UGAACUUGUGACAACCAAACCAACGCCAUCCAAAACAAAGUUCAAACAAAAUAGGAAUAUUGCAUUUCAUUUGUGUAAAGCGGUGCUGUACGUUCAAAUUUUGAAUUUUUGGCAUCCCUAAAACUUGCUUCGCGUUGUGACGGUCGCAGUUGAAAAUCGGGAAAAAUCUCACGAACUAUCGCAGGAUUUGCAGAUUAAAAUGACUACAUCACAGAAGCACAGGAACUUCGUGGCUGAGCCGAUGGGGGAUAAGCCUGUAACUGAACUAGCUGGUGUCGGAGAGGUGCUAGGAAAAAGAUUAGAGUCUGCAGGCUUUGAUAAGGCAUAUGUGGUCCUGGGACAGUACUUAGUAUUAAAGAAGAAUAAGGAAUUGUUUCAAGAGUGGAUGAAGGAUGCUUGUUCAGCAAAUGCAAAACAGUCUACAGAUUGUUAUCAGUGUCUCACUGAUUGGUGCGAAGAAUUUUUGUAAAGUAAUUGUGACAGAUUUGACUUAAAUAUUCUUUUAAAAAAACAAACUAUAAGUUUAAUUAUAAAAUUAUAUGACA